AUGAGUUUUUCUGAUCGUUUGACUUCCAUACUCUCAGUUUUCUCUUUAUUAAGAAUAGGUUUAGCAACAUCUAACAUGCAAAAUGCAUGUUCUACAGGAAAAACAUCAUUGGAUCUUGUUUACUGGGAACAAAAGCCUUACGUUUUCGAGGACAAGGAAAGAGGUGAAAUCUCUGGUGCUAUACCAGAAAUCCUUCGCAUCGUUUUCAAGGCUUGUUGCCACAAGAGUCCCAAUAUUUCGGCCAAGCUUAUCGAGUAUCCCAAAUCACUGAAAACUACGAUCGAUCAUUACUCAGAAGAGAUCAUUAUUCCUGUGGGACGGAGAGUCGGCCUCGAGAAAUCGAUAUUUCUACGUCCUUUUGUAGGCUCGGUUCAUUCGCCUGGAAUGGCUAUUGUGGUACAGAGGAGUAUUCCAGGCGAAGAACUUCUAGCCGCCAUUUUGGAUUCUUGGCCAAUUGUGAUUUUCAUUGGGAUGUCGUUAUCUCUCAGUGGAAUUGUCAUGUGGGCUCUGGACAAUCGUAAAAACUCUGAGGAAUUCCCAAAGUUUUUCCCAAUAGGCGUAUUCGAAGGAGUCUGGUGGGCUGCUGUCACCAUGACAACAGUUGGUUACGGUGAUAAAGUUCCUCGUAGUAUUUUAGGCCGCCUCUUUGGUGUGGUAUGGAUUAAUGUUGGUCUUGUUAUCCUUGCUAUCUUUAUGGGAAUAAUAACAGCAUCUCUCAGCAGUAACAGUCUUGAACAAGUUAACAACCUAUAUGGAAUGCCAGUGGCGGUUUUGAAUGGCUCUGCUGAGGAACAGUUAGCUAUUUUACAAAAUGCUGAGGUGCACGUCAAAACAAGUUACGACGAGUUGUACAAGAGCGUCAAGAGCGAGGAGACCGUGUUAGCUUUAGUAGAUAUUUUCAGCACUACUCAGCACAGUGAAUAUUACAAUACAUACAAGUUAUAUGUGGCCACAGUCCUGGGUGAGCCCGUCAUUUACGGAGCAGUGUUACCCAAGACUAGCGCGGCCCUAAGAUCGUGUUUCCUGAGUUACCAAGGGAACCAUCAGUUGGAAAUACACGAGAUUUUGGAAAAGUUCAGCAAAACAAAACAGUAUGGCGGUGACAACUCAAGCUCUGGUGCAGACUACUUUGAUGGUAACCUGUUUGGGUACGCAGUUUAUGGCAUGUUUGGGUUGUUCUUGCUCGCCUUAGCUGUUGGUCUUUUCUGGCAGUAUUACCCGCGGGAAAAGAAGGCGCAGGAAAUUCAAAAUCGGAAAGCAAAACAAGACGUCUUCAAACCUGACCAGAAGACAGUAAAGACAAAUCUGGAAGUGAACGGUCACCAGAGGAAUACUUCGUCAAACUGUGGCGAGCACACGGAGCGACUCAUGGCCGCUCAAAGUGCAGAGCUGUUAGCCAUGGAAGAUGAGCUUAAAGCUUUCCGCAAGAACUGGGAAAAGAACUUCCGAGCUCUACAGGAAAGGCACAAACAAGAACAGCAGCGCUUGUUUGAGCUAGACAAUUUGGGCUACGAGAUGUAAAAGAAACGAAACAUAAGGACAAAUAAUGAAGGCGCAGACUUUGGCACAGCACUUUCUUUAAAAUGUUUUCCAUGAUUUCGAUUUAGUUAUCUACUCAGUUUCCUAAUAAACAUAAUCGAAGAAGUGUUAAAAAUACUGCCAACAACUCAUUACUCCCUAACUGCCAGCUGAGGUUUCAGCUCACAUUCUUCGUUGUCUAUAAUACGUUUAUAGAUAAG